AUGACAGACUAUCAGCAACAAACUCAACGAAGAAGUCUCUGGGAGACGGCAAGUUCAAUGCCAAUAAUAAAUGAAGCAACACCUUUAUCGGCCCGUAUAUCAUCAAUUCAGCCUCAAUAUUCAUACGAUGAGCGCAAAAUGCUACCAUACCAACAGCCGAAGCAAGCAUGGCCAUCGGAUAGUUUACAAUCAAAUUCGAGUAUUGAUGUAAAGCAAGGUCCACCACAAAAUUUUGUCGCAAUGUUCAUAGUAGGUACUCUUGGUGGACUGAUUGUUUGUGGUGUGCCUUUGGCAGUAAUGACUACUUUGUAUGUACAAGCAAAAGCAGCAAAUAAUACUAGUGGAACAAGUAAUACAGGUUUGAGUGCCGGAACGAGUAGCACGUAUACCGUUAGUUUGCCCUCAUUUUGUUCUUCGUACACGAAUAUCUCAGAUGCGACACGAAAUGUGGGCUACUCCUCUAGUUGUUGUCCUUGUGACAGUGGUCUAGUUGCAGGAUGGUAUCGAUUUGUAUCACCAGCAGGUACUCAAUUAGCUACAGCUCCUGUCGGUACAGGCUAUUGCGGAACGACCUAUGGAGCUUGGUUCAAUGGUACUCUUCCGACGACUGUCGGUGGAGUUUCAGCCGGUUUUGCUUGCGUUUACUACAGUGGUAGUAUAUGUUACUCAUCAUAUUCGGUGGAAGCAAUUAUUGCCACAAAUUGCAACGGUUUUUACGUCUAUUAUCUGAAGCCAAUGAUUACCUGCAACUUUCGAUAUUGUGCCACAUAA